CCGAGGCCACGCCUACUUCCGGCUAUCCCGUCUACUCCCGCUCAGCAUGGCUGCUUUAGCGACUGUUCUCUUCAGUGACAGGUGUCCGGAGGCUGCACUGCAGCGCAGCAGCUUGGGCGGGCGGCCAGUGGCGACUACAGCAGGGACUGGCUGCCAACCCCUCCGGCUACGGGCCCCUUACAGAGCUCCCAGACUGGUCAUAUGCGGGAGUAUGAUCCUGCUUAAUUGGAUAAUUGGUGACUGAGGAAGAUGGUGAAGAUUUUUUCUACUUGUUAUUUACUAUGGCCGCCCUGCUCCCCCAAUGAAAGGCCAGCUUCGAAGAAAAGCUGAAAGGGAGACGUUUGCAAGACGAGUUGUACUGCUGUCACAGGAAAUGGACGCUGGAUUACAAGCAUGGCAGCUGAGGCAGCAGAAGUUGCAGGAAGAACAAAGGAAGCGGGAAAAUGCUCUUAAACCCAAAGGGGCUUCACUGAAGAGCCCACUUCCAAGUCAAUAAAAAGCAACUCCUGCCUCCCUUCCUCAGCCUUUCUCUGGAUUUCUUUUCUAUCACCUAGAUGCUUCAUGCAGCCAGAAGAGAGCCUUCACAUUCCCCAUCUGUCUUCAGAGCAAAAGAGCUGGGACACCAAGAACAAGCUGUUAGAUCACUGCCUGGGAGGCUUGGCUUAGUGCCCUCAUCUCUGGUUCCAUUCCAGUUCAGCUAAGUCUUGCUUUAAAAUUUUUACCUCCUAGCUAGGCGCAGUGGCUCACACCUGUAAUCCCAGCACUUUGGGAGGCUGAGGUGGGCAGAUCACAAGGUCAGGAGUUCGAGACCAGCCUGGCCAACAUGGUGAAACCCCAUCACUACUAAAGAUACAAAAAAUUAGCCAGGCGUGGUGGGGUGCACUUGUAAUCCCAGCUACUCAGGAGGCUGAGGCAGGAGAAUCGCUUGAACUCAGGAGGUAGAGGUUGCAGUGAGCCGAGGUCGUGCCAUUGCACUCCAACCUGGGCGACAGGGCGAAACUCCAUCUCAAAAAAAAAAAAAAAAAAAAAUUUUUUUUACCUCCUUUGCAGGCCAUAGGACUAGCCCAACUAUGAGAAAUAGCUGUUCUGUGAACAUGAAAAGGGGACAGCAGUUUUCCUGGUUCUAGCCAGGCACUCAAGCCUUUAACAGUCCAUACACAGUUUAGGCCAUGUACAGCUGGCAUCUAAUAAACGUUUUCAUGAAAAAGA